CCCUCCGUCUACAUCAGCUACAACGCUUUCCACAUUGCCACAAAUCCAUCUAUCCUUCCCCCUCUCCCUUGUCCGUAUACCAAUUCACAACUGUUAAUCAUCCACAAUGGGAAGCGGCCUGCCCACCCCUCCGUUGGAGGACCAAAAGUCUAGGAAGAGCUCAUCCAGCUCCAAGUCCAUCAAGCCCAACCGCCACACCGCCAAGCGCGCCAGCCCUCACAACGCUACACAACAUCACGACCAUGCUUCGCAAGGCAUGUCUGCCGAUGGCCGCCACAAAAGAGUAUGGAAGGCCUGUGAAAGAUGUCGGAUGAAGAAGACAAAGUGCGAUGGAGAGUUCCCCUGUAAGAGGUGUAAGGACGAUGGCCUCGUUUGCACCGCCGGCGUCCGCAAGAAGACGGAAUACAAGCAGCUCCCUAGGGGAUACGCCGAAGUCCUCGAGCACACUCAGUUUGCCCUCAUCGCCACCGUCCACAAGCUCUACUCCAUGGUCAGGAAUCAACAACAAUGGGACCUGGGCGAACCCGAACUCAAUGAUAGAGGGCAACCCGUCAUCCACAACAUUGCUCAGAAGCUUGGAUGCAUCCGCCCCAACAGCGACAUCGACCUGCCGGUGCAUUCAGUCUUUCCCGAGGACGAGGCCGGCCUGACCGAGCUGGCGCGUCAACUGGAGGAGCAACAGAAGGAACGCGACGUCGAGAACGCGAUGAAGAUCGAGGUCGACUCGACCUCUAGCUGCGAACGAUCAGACCGCGCCAGCUCUUCCGAGAUCGACCACUCCGAGUUUGAGGCCGACUACCGUAAGGCUGUCUUUGGCGGCCAUAACAACCCGAUGACCAUGUCGCCGCAGAGCUUCUCGACGGGCUACACCGAAUUCGACGUCGACUCGGUCGCCUCGCCCGUCGACCCGGCCGCUGUUAUGUUCCAGCAACAAAACCAGUCGCCGCCUAUGAACGCCUACCAGCAAUGGAACAUGCCCAGGCAAUCGGCGCCCCCCUCCAUGGACCUCACGCAACAAUUCUUCCAGCACCCGGGUGCUCUCACCAAUAUGGACAUGCUCAACCAGGGCCUGAUCGAGUCUGAAUUUGGAACCAUCAAGCCUCACGUCCUCAACUGCCCAAAUCCGGAAGUCAUGAUGGGCAUGGGCGACCCAAUGAUCUACGGAGGCUACGACGGAGAGCCAUUGCGAUUGUAACCCAGCCGAUAUUUGGAGCCUUUGGGCGCUUUUUAAUUAUGGGAUCAUGAGAGAUAGAAGCUGGGUUCGGGCCGGGCGAUGACAUUGGGCGCAAAAGAACCGGGGCAAAGGUUCACGUUUAUCUGGCGUUGUUGCACGAUACACCGCGAAGGCGUUGAUUUUUGUUUUCACUGUUUUAUCGGGACCAUGGGUUCUACUCGCGAGAGAGACGUUGCGGCGAUACCGAGGCGUUGACGGAUAUGGCUUUUCGGUUGGGGUUUCUGCUCAUCACUCGAAGUGAUUAAUCAUCGAGGGGGCCUGAAUGAAAGGGGGGACCGAACGGUCAACGACUCCACGUCACGAAACAUCGAUGCGCGCAACGCGCAAACCGAAUUUCCACCAUUGUACACAAUUCUCUUAUUUCUUGUCUGUUUUCUUGUCUACGUUUCUCUUUUGUCUCAUCGUGGCCAGGCUCGGACAACGUUAGUCGCUUCGCAUGGCCUGACGAUGUGGGGUUUAUCUGUUUAGGUUCACUCAUCGCCGUCGCCCCUUGCCCGCCUCCCUAUCUAUCUCUGUCUGCCUUGGAGAGAGUUGGGACGGACACAGAAGCUUGCAUAAAGCCUGUGCGCAAGAGCGAGGGGGAGGGGGGGUCAGAGUACCUUGGCUUCUGGGCAAAAGAAGACGUAGAAAAAUACCAAACCACAACUCCUUCAACCAAGAAUACGACACAAAAGACCGCGUCCCGGUGGAAUAAAUAAAGUGACAAUGCAAAAUGCUGCCCAGGCUGCCCAGUCCCCUCGGAAAUUUUCUCAUGAUAUCGUUCAAAUUAAAAAAAAAAAAAAAACUUUUGUGAAGAGCAUUUUGUUUUUACCAGGUGAACUUGGACCGAGUGAGUCGAGCAAAGGUAUCGUGUAACCUUCUCUCCAUCCCCAAAGGGUUUUUUCUUCUUUUCUUCUCAUCCUUUCCUUCUCCAAAUUCUUUACAGUUAAACUUUCGGAAUGCAGGUGUUAUGGCGUCUCACGCAAACCGUUGUCUCGCAAGAAUCAAUUGACGAACUAUUCUUGCCACAUGCGUUCCGGGGAAGAUUUUCCAAGCGCCACAAACACACACACACACUCAGCCUACCUCCCCUCAUCCUCCCCUCCCGCUAGCAUGCACAUUGGGAAGGGAAAUAGAGCACCAGGAGCCAGCUCCGUUAAGUUUUGC